CCAUUGGCGAUCAAUUAUAUCAAAAUGAUGAUGGAGUACAUAGCCGACCCACAACCGGACACCUGCUAAACACACCUACCCCUCAUCUUGAGCGGUUUAUAAAGAGGUUAACUCGAGCUUGAAAUAUCACCACAUCAACAUAGUAUCCCAUUGGUAUGGUCAAAAAGGAGCAACCUGCCAUCAUGGAGCUAUCUCAGUAUCAAGGUAACUUCAACUUGACCUAUCAUGUCUACCGACAAGAUUACCUUCUUGACCAACUGGCAUGCGACGCCGUACCACGCCCCCCUUUACCUGGCCCAAGCCAAAGGUUACUUCAAGGAUGAAGGCAUCAAGGUUGCUCUUCUUGAGCCCAAUGACCCAAGUGAUGUCACCGAAAUCAUUGGUACCGGAAAGGUCGACCUCGGAUUCAAGGCCAUGAUCCACACCCUUGCGGCCAAAGCGCGCAACUUCCCUGUGCUUUCUAUCGGGUCGCUGCUGGACGAGCCUUUCACUGGCGUCGUCUACCUCAAAGACAGCGGCAUUACCCCUGACUUUACGACCCUCAAGGGCAAGCGAAUUGGCUAUGUCGGCGAAUUCGGAAAGAUCCAAAUUGACGAGCUCACCUCGCACUAUGGCAUGACCCCAGCUGACUACACCGCAGUCCGCUGCGGCAUGAACGUCUCCAAGGCCAUCAUCAAGGGCGAAAUCGAUGCCGGCAUCGGUCUAGAGAACGUCCAAAUGGUUGAGCUCGAGGAAUGGCUCGCUUCUCAGGGUCGUCCCAAGAGCGACGUGCAGAUGCUGCGCAUUGACGAACUCGCCGAACUAGGUUGCUGCUGCUUCUGCACCAUCCUAUACAUCGGCAACGAGAAGUUCCUCUCCGAGAACCCGGAGAAGGUCCAUGCGUUCAUGCGCGCAGUCAAGCUCGCUACUGACUUUGUCAUCGCGGAGCCGGCGAAGGCGUACGCUGAGUACGUCGAGUUCAAGCCGAUUAUGGGUACCGAGCUCAACCGCAAGAUUUUUGAGCGCUCAUUCGCGUACUUCUCCAAAGAUCUGAAGAACGUCCGUCGUGACUGGGAGAAGGUUACUAAGUAUGGAAAGCGUCUUGGUGUGCUCGAUCAGAGCUUCCAGUCUAACUACACCAACUCCUUCUUGUCCUGGACUCUCGAGGGUGAAUCUUCCGACCCGACCGGAGACCAGAAGCGCAUGGCGGAACUCCAGAAGGGCGUUGCUUCUGCGGGUGGUUUCCACCGUCUAGAGAUUAAGGCCGGUGAAACUGCUAUCCAGGCUUAAAUGUCUUACUUGAGCGGUCGACUUAGGACCACUAUUGGAU